UUUUGUUGUUAUCGAUAACGAUAACGGUAAAAUCUACUUUGUUAACUAUUUGUCACACGUCUGCUACCACCACCCACAGUCAAAGCUGUUAUUAUUAAUUGUCAAAUUGUCACGUCCACUGAUCUGUUUGUAACCAAUUUUUCAUCAAAUUACAUGCCUGUUUUCAGUAAUGUGAAACAAAUGCAACGAAUAUUUAAUUCAGUCAACAUGCGUUAACUGAUUUUAUGUGAUAUUUUAUAUAUAUAUAUAAAAGAAGAUGGAAAAUCAAAAUCGCCUUCAUCAAACUCACCAAAGUUAUCAGUCGUUUUGGAAAAAAAAUAAUCGAGCUAUUCCAGGCAGGCCUAGUCCAAAACAAGAUGCAAAACAUGGUAAAAUAAUUGGUGCAGGAUCAAAUUAUGCAAGUAAUUUAGGAAGUUCUAGUGGUGCAACUGGCAGUGGCAGUGCCUCAAGUUCAACGUCUUUUCAAGAUUUUCAAUCGAGUGUCGAUGAUGCAUGGGAUUCAGGUGACGAUGAAUUUUGUACCGUUUCUGAUGUGAGAAUAUCGAAAAGAGUCAGUAAAUCUGCUGCGUUAAGUGUCAUUAAUAGUCACCGAUCUGCCACAACAUGUAUAGAUUCACAAAUAAAUUUAAAAGAUCGUCCACGAGAACAAAUAAUACCUGAAGAAAAGAAAAUCGAAGCUUUACAAAGAUUAGCCGUUCAACCAUUGCAAUUAAGAAAUGCUAAUUUAGGAACGGCUAUUAUUAAUCAAAGUCGUCAAAAUCCACAUAAUUUGGAGCAAAUAGCAAUAAAAUCUAGUAUUUCACCACAUCAUAAACAUUCACAAUUUCCAGGAAGACCACAACCAUUAAAACAAACAAAUGCCACUAAUAAAUUUUAUAUAGCGUCCAAAGACCAAGAUGGUGAAAGUAAAAUAGAUAAAUUCCAAGCGUUAUUGGAAUCGUCGUUACUUAAUUUAAACGAAUUACGUGAACUCUCUUGGUCUGGUAUACCUGCCAAAUUACGAUCUGUAACAUGGAGACUGCUUUCCGAAUAUCUUCCAACAAAUUUGGAACGAAGACAACAGGUAUUGGAACGAAAACGAAUGGAUUAUUGGAGUUUAGUGAAACAAUAUUAUGAUGUUGAAAGAGAUGAAGGAUUUCAAGAUACAUAUCGACAAAUACAUAUUGAUAUUCCAAGAAUGUCACCACUUAUUUCAUUGUUUCAACAAACGUCUGUUCAAAUGAUUUUCGAAAGAAUUUUAUAUAUAUGGGCUAUAAGACAUCCGGCUUCGGGAUACGUACAGGGUAUGAAUGACUUAGUGACUCCGUUCUUUCUUGUGUUCCUUCAAGAAGCAGUUCCAAGAUCUGCGUGGCAUGAUCUUGAAAAUUACGUUGUAGAAUCUCUGCCUAAAGAAAAACGUGAUAUUAUAGAAGCCGAUAGCUUCUGGUGUUUGUCUAAAUUUUUAGACGGCAUUCAAGAUAAUUACAUCUUUGCUCAAUUAGGAAUUCAGCACAAAGUUAAUCAAUUGAAAGAAUUAAUACAAAGAAUCGAUGCUCCAUUACAUCAGCAUCUACAUCAACAUGGAGUUGAUUAUCUUCAAUUUUCAUUUCGCUGGAUGAAUAAUUUAUUAACAAGAGAAAUUCCCUUACAUUGUACAAUUCGCCUUUGGGACACAUAUUUGGCUGAAUCUGAUCGUUUUGCAUCUUUUCAACUUUAUGUUUGUGCAGCUUUUCUAUUACGAUGGAGGCGACAUCUCCUUCUUCAACCAGACUUUCAAGGAUUAAUGUUAAUGCUUCAAAAUCUACCGACACAAAAUUGGACGGAUUCAGAAAUUGGAGUUUUGGUUGCUGAAGCCUAUAAAUUAAAAUUCACAUUUGCUGAUGCUCCCAAUCAUUUACAAGGUGAUUCAAGGUGACCAUAUUUUACUACAGUCGGUUAAUUGUUGACAUUUUUUAAUAUUGUUAUAACAUUUUUAAAGUCUCUUUAAGUAAAAACGAAAAAAGAAAAUUUGUAUUGAUUUGUUCUCUUUUUCUUGUGUAAGAUAUAUUUUUAAAAGAUCGAUUUAUAUAUAUUAUAUACAAUGAAUUUAGGAACUUGUACGAAUGAUAAAAAGUUCCUUAAAAAAAUGAAAUCAAUGUAAUUCAAAUUCGAAAUUUGAAAAUUUUUUAUAAGUGUAAGUCUAACUUUUUUUUGUUGCUUCCGAAAUUCAAUGUCGACUAAUAUUAUUGUACAAGUUUAAUCGUACUCAUUUGUUAACUAAAAAAAAUGGCCAAUGUUAAGUCUUACCUAUAUUAAAAAAAAAACAUAAACAAUCUCUGAAUUUGAAAUCUUAAUGAUGUUAAUUUUUUUCAACCAGCGAAUUCAAAUUUCGAUUUUUGUUUAUAAAAUAUUAUAUAUCUUUUUUGUACUUUUUUGUAUUGUUCCACGAUUUUAUUUAUUUUGAAAAUAAUUAUUUUUAAUCUCUA